UCCAUGAUCCAAAUAAACUGUUUGGGUGCUUCAAAGUCGAGUAUGUUCUCACAUGGAUCCUUUCCUUUCUUGUCGAUUGCGAAAAUGUCCAGAAAUAUGCGGAAUUGCAGAGGAUCUCGCUUCAUUGUUAAAGCUGAUGCAGUUUACUAUUUGGUCCUCGGAGUUCCGAAAAAUGCAACCUUAUCUGAGAUUAAAACCGCAUAUCGGAAACUGGCUUUGAGUUACCAUCCGGAUGUGAACAAAAAUCCUGAUGCAGAAGAAAGAUUCAUAGAAAUAAGUAAUGCAUAUGAGAUCUUAUCAGAAGAGAUGAAAUCUCUUUACGAUAAGUAUGGUGAGGCUGGAAUGGAAGACAUGGGGGAGUGGUUUCAAAACGAAGAAUUCGAGUUAUAUUCUUUAAAGACUCUUAAAGCCAAAUGCACCACAUGUGGCGGACUAGGUCAAGUGGUUUCAUCAGCAUGUGCUCCUCUUGACUUGAACCAACAAGUCAUGACUUGCUCUUCCUGUAACGGCACUGGAGUGGUACGUGCUCUGGAUGAUGAAACGGAUAAGUCUCAAGGUAUCGGCCGGGGUUGAUUGCGGUAGUUGGUUAAGAGUGAGAGGACAAGGCAAUGACGGCGAGUCAUCGGGUGAUCUGUUUGUUGUUAUAGUGUACCUGGUGUUGAAAAGGGAUGAUACCAAUAUACUCUACAGUAGAAC